UUAUCAAAGGUAGAAUUCGUAGGGUGUUCGUUUAGAUAACAUUGUGAUGGGCGGUGCUCUUGUUCCUCCGCAGAGAGUCCAUUUAAGAUUUACGAAAUUGGGUCUCUUUUAGAUUUGCCUCGUAAACACAAAGUCCUUUAGCAUUCUUAAAAUUAAGCUUUCUUUCCCACCUGAAGCACCAUAGCCAUUUUUACCUUGUUUUUCUUCUCGUUUAUGUUACUUAACUCGUUCUGUUUUUAUAUCCUUAAAUGGGUUCUGCCCAUUGAUGGGUUUGGCAGCCCAAAGUCUGUUCACAAAAGGGCAUAGUUGGAUUAUUGAUUCUUGUGUACCUAUAGGUGUUCUGGGAUGGUGGCUUUUUCUUGUUAGUCAAUGAUUUUUAUAAGGUAUGGAGCUUAAUCUUUGAUGGUUUUUGAAGUUUCAAGAUUUCUUUCAACUGGGUAGAGCUAAGUCUUUUUAUAUAUUAGGCCAAGUCGUUAACUUGGGGACACCUGUGUUGUGUUGCACCUGUUUUCGUGUAUACUUGAUUCAUCAUCGUUUUGGGGAUUGGGAGAUUGGUCUCCGACCUUUGGUUACUUCCUAGAAAGUAGCGAAAGAUUUUUGACAUUAAUUCCUAAUCCACCUCUGAGGAGUUUUGUAUCUUUGGGAGUUCAAAGCUGAAAUUUGAGGCUGAGGAAAAUAUGUUUUUUUGAGUUACUCUUUACAUUCAUUUCAAAGGAAAUUGUUUCAACUAAAAUUUACACUUUGUUAUUAUUUAUAACCCCAAAAGUUUAAGAGGGUUUUGGAUUCCAAGCUCAGGCAUUUUUGGAGAGGGCUGAGAAUUGAAAUAAAGAUGAAACUUUGGAGUUAGGGUAAUGUUUUCUCUGUGGAAGGGAGAUCAAAAAUGGAUUUUUGGCUUGUUGCAGCUGCUGCUGGUGCUGGAUAUUUGGCCAAGUAUUGGCAGAACAUUCCCAAAGAUAGGGAUAAGUUGUUACAAUUGUCAAAUGGAGAUUCAGAUUAUAAGAAGCCUGAAUCCCCGGGCGGCCCCUUCCGCAGUUUGAAACACAGAUCAAAACGACCAGGCAAUGCUGCUAAAGAUAGUACAUUUGACAAUAUACUUCCAGAUAUUACUUCACUAGAUGAUGCUUCUACUAGUGGGAACAGUGAAAAGCUUGGGAGCUUAACAAGUUGCCAAGAUUUGGAUGUACUUUCUGUAUUAAACUUGCAGGCAGGAAAGUUGGGGAAUGAAAACCUUAAAGAGCAUGAAGGAGGAGGAAAUAGGUUAAUUGGUGAUGUUAGUGAUAAUUGUUAUGAUGUAUCACUAUCACCAAAACCUUCUGCUGAAGAAAUGGAUUGCAUAAUAAAGAACAGAAGCUCCAUUAGAACUAAACGGUAUCGUGGUCAUUUAAAUAAACCAAUGAAUUCUUUGGAGAGUUGCCUUAUGGCUCAAUUAUACAAUGAACAUGCUCAAAUGGAAGAGUAUGUGCUUAGUUCUGCUCCAUCAUCAUCAACACCAGCUAUGAAGACAUUGUUUGUGACUGAUGGAAGCCGUGUCCUCGGCAGUGCAUACAAUAAUUCUCUUAGGGCCCAAACUGGAACCAAAGCAUGUUUAGAAAAGAAUGAAAAAGUUUUUGGAGUUCCACCACUACCAAAAGUUGGGUCUACGUCUCAUUCGAAGAAGACGAAAUCUAAGACAGGAAAGGGACAGAAUAGAAAGUUGUGCAGUUCCAGUAAAUUUUCCAUCGGAAAAGGCUUCUAUUCUCAAGGUUCGCUGGAUGGAACAGUGUUAUUCUUUCUUGGCAUCUCUAUUGGCAUAAUAUCUUCUUUCAUAACAAAUAAAAGUGAAGUUGACAAGUUGAAGGAGUUGUUGAAACAAACUGAGAACUUAGUUCAGGAUUUACAUGAUGAACUUGAAAUGAAAGAUUCGUUGACAGUGAAGGAGCUGGCUAAUGAGAAUUAUGAAUCACAGGAUACAUAUGAUUAUUCCACUUCUGAGAGGGCCCCAAACACAUUAUUCUCUGAACAAAAUAUUGAUGGUCCUACCGAAGAUGAUGGUAGAGAUUCAUAUUUACAGAAAGCAGAGGAGAGUUCAGAGUCUAUGAGCAAAAUUGAGGCAGAGCUUGAAGCUGAACUGGAGAGGUUGGGGCUAAACGUAAAUCCAUCAACUCAGCAGAGAAGAUUGUCUGAUGUUGUUGAGCUUGAACCAGACUUUGUGGCGGAUUUUGCUCAAGGUGAGUUGAGAGUGGACAUGCUUGGAGGACAAGCUGUUGCCAAAACCAAGUCAAAUGAAGAUGGAGCUAGCACCUCCACAACACAUCACUCUGCAAAUUAUGCAGUUUCUCCUAGGCAGCUUAGCUUGCGGCUGCAUGAGGUUAUUCAAUCAAGACUAGAAGAACGUGUAAAUGAGCUUGAGACAGCACUUCAGAACAGCCAGAGAAAAAUACGAGUGAUAGAAUCAGAACGUAAAAAUUGGGGGGAGCCCUUAAUCGGUCGACUAAAAUAUCCCUCAAUGCAAGAAAGUCCUGUUGCUAGAGAAGAAUGUAAUUCCGUGUCUCAACCGCUAGUCAUGGCUUUAUCUGGGGAAGCUCUUGAUGCUUACAAUGAGGCUCAUGAAGAACUGAUGAAGAUGAGCGACUCGGAUGAAGAGGAUUCGCCUUGCAGGUUCUACGAAAAUCCACAAGGCUCGUGUUCUUUCAGUGACGUUAUGUCUGAGUGUCAAAACGGUGAGAUAAAUGGUUCUAUGGAACAUUCAGCAACAGCUGAAGAGAAACUAGUUGGUAAAUUCUCUCAGACCAGCUUAAGAAUGCAGGAAGAGCAUAUUUCCUUAGUUCCUGGAUCAAACGAGACUUCGGAUAGUCAAGAUGAGGUUAGUGAUGCUGAUGAUGAGAUAGAGAAGCAACUGAUUAAGCAGAUUGUGGAGAGGACCAAGAAAGGGUCUCCUGUUGUUUUGAAUGCACAAAGGCUGCUGUUUUCAUUGGACGAAAAUUAGAAUCAAAUGGAAAAGAAGUUCUAAGUUUUGCAGUCUGUAUAUAUAAUAUAGAUGAGGAUGUUCAUUUAUCUCAAAAGCUAACAACCUUUGUUUUGUUGUACUUUAUUUCAUUGGAAGCCUCUCAUCAAAGUUUACAAACCUUGUCAGAUUUCGAGUUCAAGCACCAAAUAGAUUUAACGUUAGUUAUUAAUAUGAAAAUGACUACAAUUUCACCA